UAUUAGAUGAGGUGAGAUACUGUACAUUCUGAUUCCUUAUGCAUACUAAUUGUCUCUUCUCACAAAACAGAAAUAUAUACCAAACACUGGUUUUGGCAGGAGAUGAACUGUCUGCACGACACCGAUAGAUGUGUAGUCCCUGGGCAGAAAGUCAGUCUCCUGAAGGCCUUCCGCAGGGCAUGGCUAUAAAGGUGUCUGCUCAGUGGCCCGAGUAGAAAAAGCCUUUUGUGAGGAGUUUUUCCUCAACUGACACCUCUGUGUCAGCAAACAUAGAAGGCCAGAGUCAUUCAUCUCAACAUGGGCACCCUAUGUACAUAGUCACAGAGGUGUGUGAGUGUGUCUGGGUAGGCAUGUGUUUCUGUGUGUCAGAGCAUGUGUAAUGACAACGGUUGCUUUGGAGUCGCUUUAUAGCAGUCACUUUAAUUGCCAAAGCCAAGAGUCGGUGUUACACUGACCAAUGUCCAACGACCGCCUCUACAAUGGUGGAUGCGGUCUGCCAAGUGAGUGGAUUCCAGCUAGGCUUUGGCAUCACCAGUGUGCUAUCUGGCACACUGGCCUUCUUUCCAGUGGGCACCUACAAGCCCUGGUAUCUAGGCUGGAGCACCAAGAUCGCUGCCCCUAUCUGGGUAGGAGUUUUGGUAGGUACGACAAUCAGUCGCUCAUGGCAAUACUGCAACCACUUCCGAAUUCAAACAAGUAAUGUGGUCUGUACUUUAUGGGAGUUGAGCUACAUCUUCAGCAUUCUGUGUGGUCUCACUGCUCCACUGCAGUUUGCCAUCGCUGUGACCUCCAUCGUGCUUGGACCUUACUGCUACUACUCUUUCCAAGGGGCAGUUGGCACUGGUUACCUGGCCCAUGCGGCUAAGCUGCCCUACCCUUACCUGGCCUUCCCUGCUCUGUGUCUGGACCCAAAGCACUUAGAGUGGUAUCACCUGGCCCUGCACACUACUGACCUACUCACCAGCCUGGCCAUGUUCACUCUCUCAUUCUUCAUCAUAGUCAUCCUCACUCUCAGAGUGCUACGCUCUGGACAUGUUAAUGUGAGUUAACUUGUGGGUUUGUGUGUGUCUGUGUGUGUUUGUUUUAGUGUGUGUGUGUGCGUGUGUGUCUGUGUGUGUAGGUUUGAGUUUGUGUAAGUGUG